AUGGGUCGUCCUGAUUCGGAGGCGCCGGCGUCGAGCCUUGCCUACGGAGGCAGCGGAGGCGCCGCGGCGCCGGCGGGGACGAGGUCAGCGUCAGACUCGGCUCUCGAGACCAACGUGGUGAUCAUCCUGGCCGCGCUCUUCUUCGGGCUGCUACUCGUCAUCGCACUCAACUCGCUGGCGCGGUGCGCGCUCCGGUACGUCGGGCGCGUGGCCGCGGUCGCGGACGCUCCCGGCGAAGGCCGGGCGUCGGCGCGGGUGGCCUGCAGCGGCAGCGGCAUCAAGAGGCGCGUCCUGAGGAGCCUCCCCGUGGAGGUGUACGGCUCCGGCGAGGACAUCGACGACGUGUGCGCCAUAUGCCUGAGCGAGUUCGUGGACGGCGAGAAGGUGCGCGUGCUGCCGCUGUGCGGGCACGGCUUCCAUGUCCACUGCGUCGACGCCUGGCUGGUGUCCCACGGCUCCUGUCCCACGUGCCGGCAGCCGGUCAUCGUGGACGCGCCCGCCAAGGCGGCGGAGACGGACACGGUCAUCACCGUGGUCAUCGUGUGAGUCCAUUGCUGCCGGUACAGCGCACUGGACAAUGAGUGCCAUGCUUGUCAGCCGCAGCUUGCAAGUGGAAUGUAUAUAUGAGCGAAGAGCUCAAUUGUUACUGUUAGUGUAAAUAUUCGACGGCGCAAAAUGCUGU